ACUGUGAUUGGUUAUAUUUCUAACGCGGCGUCUGUGAUAUCUUGUGAGCGUGUCGUUUUGUGGAUGUUUGCGACGAUUGACGAAAGCGCCGAAUAUCCUUCUACAUCGGGGCAAUAACAAUCUCUUAAAAUGGUGGUGGGCAGGACUUCUAAGAUGGUGCAGUACAUCAACUACAGGAUGAGAGUCAACCUGCAGGAUGGACGCACAUUCAUUGGCACAUUCCUUGCCUUUGACAAACACAUGAACAUCGUUCUGGGUGACUGCGAGGAGUUCAGGAAACUCCGAGCUAAGAGUGCCAAAGCCCCUGCCAAAGAGGAGAAGAGAGUACUAGGUCUAGUCCUGCUCAGAGGAGAGCAUCUUGUUUCCAUGACAGUAGAAGGACCAGCAAAAGAUUCAGGUCCUAGGGUCCCCAUGCCCGGUGGUGGCAGUGGACCAGGUAUGGCUCGUGCAGCAGGGCGUGGUAUCCCCGCAGCCUCUGCCUCAAUGUCCGCACCAGCAGGACUGGCAGGACCAGUCAGGGGCGUCGGCGGCCCAUCACAAUCACAUAUGACACCUAUGGGUGGACCAGGAGGCUAUCCAGGCCCAAGGGGACCACCCAGGGGACCUCCAGGCAUGGGACCACCUGGAAUGGGACCGCCCGGUAUGGGACCACCAGGAUUCCGAGGAGGACCCCCAAUGGGACGAGGAAUGCCCCCCAUGGGUAUGGGACCACCACCUGGCAUGAGAGGUCCCCCAAGAAAUUAGCGUUAAUUGUCCGUCUUCACGUUUGUAAAUAGUUAAUAUCUUUUGUGAGAGAUCGUCAUCCAGUUAAGAAUCAAUGCUGGUUUGUAUUCUUGGAACUCUUUAUCAGCUGAAUAGUACUGCAACGGAUGCAACACUUCUACAUCAUAUUGGACUUGAAAGCUCCAUUGGUCCUUCUAUGGUGCACAGUCGGUCAAAGAACAGCCUCAAACUGAACAAAACAUUUCAAGUACAAAAUUUAUGAAUUGAUACCCUGAUUUUUACAAAUGAUUGGUCUUUUAGCUCAUCAGGCAUUCUGAAUAUUUGAUAAAUGUUAUUUGGUUUGGGUCAUGGUUUAUUUUUAAAUAUAGUAUUUGGAGAAGGAAGCUGUUCCUUAAGAACAGAUACUACAUGAAGAUCUUGCACUCGAUGUAAAAUACAUGUAAUGUUUUCAGGGUGCUGCAAAAUUACUCGGCUGCAUGCUCAGGGCCACAAGAAGUUACAGGUGAAUUGCAUGGAAUUAGCUUAGACGUCGGCAACUUUAAAAUAAUUUAUUUGUAGAGCAUCUUUGUUGCGUUACACAUUCCUUUAUACCCUCUUAUGAUAUUUGUAAUUUUUUUGUAAAUUGCCAACGCUUUUCCAUAGCCAAGACUCGUCAACCUUCGAAUCAUAGAGGGAUAUGUGGUACACCAACAUAAAUAGCUUUGGAGUAGUCAUUGAUGACAGAUGUCGGAAAUGAGGUGUUUAUAAUUAUGUUAAUGGAAAUUUGUUUGUGGAAAGAUGAAAGUCAGAGUAAAAAUACAUCUGUUGGGUACAAAAUAUUUGGAUUCUUCUUCAAUCAUUUUUUAAUGUGAUUUUUAUGACACAGUUAUUAUUUUUGAGGUAAUGUUUGAAGGAGGAUUGUGUAUUGAGGAAAAUAAGACUCAAAUUCACUCUGUUCCUCAAGUCAUUCAGGGAUUUCAUUACAAGAAUCAUUUGGUUUUAAACUUCACAAGUUUUAUAUUUUUGACAAAUCAGCACUCGGCACCUGUCAUCGUUAUAUACCUACUUUGUAAAUGAAAUCAUUGGAGGGAUCCCUGUAAAUGUUCUUGGAUUUUUUGUACAUCCUUAACUUGUCAAGUAUUUUUUGUCAUUGGACUGAUAGGAUUUCUUUUGUAUAAUAAACAAUUUUCAUGAUAAAUUU